CGGGGCGACGUGGUCAACGUGGGUUUCCUGUGUGAGUACGACGCCCUACCUGGUAUUGGACACGCGUGUGGACACAACCUGAUAGCUGAGGUUGGAGCUGCUGCGGCUCUGGGGCUCAAAGCUGUGCUGGAAAACACGCACAGUGAGCUUCCUGUCCAGGUGCAGGUGACAGUGUUGGGGACUCCAGCCGAGGAGGAUGGUGGAGGUAAAAUAGACUUGAUAAGGGAGGGAGCCUUUGAAAACAUGGAUGUGGUGUUCAUGGCCCACCCCCUGGGGGAUGACGCUCCAUAUCUCCCACAUGUGGCUGAACAUGAUGUAACUAUAAAGUAUCGAGGUAAGGCGUCUCAUGCCUCAGCCUACCCCUGGGAGGGAAUCAAUGCGUUGGAUGCAGCGGUGCUGUGCUACAACAACCUGUCUGUGCUCAGACAGCAGAUGAAGCCAGACUGGAGAGUUCAUGGUAUCAUAAAGCAUGGUGGAGAGAAACCAAACAUCAUCCCUGCCUACACUGAGCUGGAGUACUACCUGAGAACCCCCUCACGUGCUGAGCUUUCUGUCCUGAAGGCAAAAGCUGAGAUGUGUUUUAGAUCAGCUGCUGUGGCCACUGGCUGUGAGGUUGAAGUGGAGUAUGCAAGAAAUGCUUUUGACAACUUAUUGCGAAAUACAACACUGGAAGAUUUGUAUGAGAACAAUGGGAAAGCUCUGGGGAUGGAAUUCACCACAGAUGAAGAAGUCCUCAACAAUGCUUCUGGCUCCACAGACUUUGGCAACGUGUCGUUUGUAGUUCCUGGUAUCCAUCCAUACUUCUACAUUGGUUCCAAGGCCCUGUGCCACACAGCGGAAUACACUGUGGCCUCUGGUGAUGACAGAGCUCAGUUCUACACCCUGAGGACUGCCAAGGCUCUGGCCAUGACGGCCCUGGAUGUGCUGCUGCAUCCAGAGCUGCUGCAGAGGGUGAAGCAGGAGUUCACUGAGGCCACACUGAAGGAGGACAGGACGCUGACGGGGGAGCACACAGAGCAGACUGCAAAACACUGAUGAUGCAGGCUGACCAUCUCUGAGCUCCCUGCUCACUGACUGCACAGCAGGCUCAGAGAAACUUGUACUUGUUGUUACAUGCAGCGUCCAGGAACGUUGAAUAAUCUGCUACCUUUGAACUCUUUUCUUACCAAAUAAAAUUAAUCCAAAGCAAAGAAAUGUUUACAAGUUGAUUUGUUUUAAUAUUGAACAUAUAUUUGAUUGUGAGGUAUUGUGGAGGCACAUGGAUGACUCAAAAUGCAGGAAUGGGUUUUUUCAGAAAAUGUAUACAUUUUGUUGCCGUGUUUCAAUUUUUUCACUGGCACUGGUUUUUCUAUGUAAAGAAAAACAGUGGAUUGGUGCUCACACUGCUUGUGUGUUGCAAGCAGGUAUAUUAUCAUUCCAAUGAUGCUAGGGAGAAAAUGUGAUGUAACGUGCCUUUUUAAGUGCUUUAUCCAGUGAUGGAAGAAGUAUAAAAAUCAUUUACCUAAAGGUAAACUAUGCAGGAUUUAAAAAAACAAACAAACAAUAAAUAGACUCUAAGUAAUGCCUCUCAGUCAUUAUAUGACCCAUGAGCAGUGUAUGGUGGUGUCUGUAUCUGCAGAGAGAGUUUCCUUAUUUUCUCCAUAAAGAGUGUGACCAGCCAUGUCUCUCGUCGGCACUGUGGAUGCGGGCUGCAGGUCUGUGUGUCUGACACGGGGCGAGGUGUUUAUCUGUUCUUUAGAAUGUAACCUCUGUGAAACAAUCAGAUACAAUGUUUUAUUUCAUUCACUGCUUUGUUCUCGUUAACGACUGUCCCUCUCGUCAUUCACCGUCUAGCUUGCUUUACCACUGUCUCAUUGAGUUUGAAUGUUGUGGUUGAAAAGAAUUCUGCAUAGUGUGUCUUUAAAAAGGAAGUUUUAGAAACAUAUUUCCCACUUUAGUGCUUCACAUGCUGUCUAUUGGGUACUUUAUGUUGAAUGUUUUAAUUGGUACCUGUGAUGUAGCAAAAGAUACCCUGUAUAUGUUUUC